AUGUCGACAUCUGCAAAGACCAUCAUCGCAACCGGCGCAUCAUCUGGCCUGGGAUUCGAAGUAAUCAAACAGCUACUGGAGCAGUCAGAGCAAGCCUACAAUUUUAUUCUGGGUGUUCGCAGCACCGAGAAGGUACAGGCUGCAUACAAUGAUCUUGGAUAUGACACCACCAAGCACUCUAUCACUAUCCUUCCUCUCGAUCUCUUGAGUCUGCGAAGUGUACAGCUUUUCACGCAGCAAGCUCUCGCCAAAUUAGGCCCUCAUCGUAUUGAUUAUCUUUUCCUCAAUGCUGGAAUGUUAGAUAAAGCUGAGGGACCUGGUCCUCAUGGCUCUCAAUGGUGUGAGGGAUAUGUGGUGAACCAUUUGGCGCAACACUAUUUUGUUCAUUUAUUGCGCGAGACACUUACCGCUUCGCAGACUCGUCUUGUCUUUGUGUCAUCUGGCGCAAUUCGCAAUGUCCGAGGCCAGGAUCCAGCUACUCUUGAUGUCGACCUGAAAGCCAACUCAGGUGCUGGUAUCGGCCCAGUUUACAGUGCUUCGAAAUUUGUGGGUCUGUUAGGCGCGCACUACUGGCGUCGCAACCUUCCUCAAUGCAUUGUUGUUGCCGUUUCUCCUGGUCUGAUCCCCAGUACUGGUCUUGCUACUAGCCUGGGCUUGAGCAUGAGUAUGCCGGAUGCUAAGACUAUUCCUGAGGGCGCCCAAAACCUUCUCCGUGCCUUCACAGUUAAGGAUUUCCCGGCGGACCCAGAGCAAGUUUUCCUCACUAGCUGGGGAGACUGGUGGUCUAAGGAGGUUAUCGCUCUGAGCCUUGAUAAGACUUUACAAGACAAGUGGUGCCUCAGCAGGGAGGAAAUUGAGAAGCAGGAGGUUCUUUCCAAUGAGUAA